AUGCUACAUCCCUCUGUUGAUUUAUAUGUUAAUAAACACUUCAAGAACAAAGACGAGUUGAUGCUGCAAAUGAGAAAAUGGGCUUUGGAUUGGAAGUUCGAGUUCAGAUCAGCUUGGUCAAACAAGACGAGGGUGGUGUUAAGAUGUGUUGAUCCUAAUUGUACCUGGAGGAUGCGUGCAACAAAGCUCCCUUCUUCUAAUUUCUUUGGGGUGAGAACUUAUGUAAGUGAACACAACUGUGAUACAACUCAUAGGAACGCCAACCAUAGGCAAGCAACUGCCAAGGUGCUUGGGACUUUGAUCUGCAGCAAUUAUAGAGAAAAGAAGUAUGGUCUUAACCCGAAACAAAUCGAGGAGAAAGUCAGACUCGACCAUGGUGUACACAUUGGAUACAAACAAGCUUGGAGGGUUAAAGAGUUUGCUCAGGAUUUGAUCAGAGGGACUCCCGAGGAUAGCUAUCAAAAAAUCUCGAAGUGGUUGUUUAAGGUUAAUGAGAAAAACCCUAGAUCAAAGGUUUAUGUUGAGAUGAAUCCAAAGGGGGGGAAAAAAUACAGAUUGCUUGUUUUCGGUCAAUCGAUAAGAGGAUUUGAGCUGAUGAGGAGGGUUAUUGCUAUGGAUGGUACUUUUCUUAAGGGAAACUUUAAGGGAACAUUGCUUGGAGCUAGUGCACAAGGCGGAGAUUAUUCAUUGUCCCUGCUUUCAUUUGGGAUAGUUCACUCUGAAAACAAACAUGUGUGGACCUGGUCUUUUAGCGGACUUAAGACCGUGAUCCAUAAUGCGUCAGAUUUGGUCUUUGUUUCAGAUAGAGCUCCAGCCAUUGCCAAGAAUCCAUCUGGUGAGGAAUAUAGCACCAAAGUAUGGGAGAACUGGGUUGUUGCCGAGCAGAGCCUUAAAUUAGCUUCAUAUUUGGAAGAAUCUGAUUUUGCAAAGUGGGCUCGCUCUUAUGCACCUUCGAACAGGUACAAUAUCAUGACAACCAACACUGCGGAGUCUCUGAAUUUGAUUUUAAACAUGGCUCCUAAGUUGCCAAUAAUGUCUCUCUAG